AACUCGCCAGAGCCGCUGACUGAUCUGGAAACAGUCCUCGUCGUGUCAGCGAUCCGUCAGCAUAAUACAGCUGGUGGAUAGCCAGCAGGUCGCGGCAGACGAAGGCAUCAAGGCUCUGAUGUUGCAACGCCCCUCUGAAGGGAAGGCAAUGGUCGGGGUUUGAAGCUGAUAACGCGAGCAGAGCUUCCAGUCUUUUGUACGGGAAAAGUGAAAGUGGAUCUGAACGCGAACACUGGAUCCCAACUUCAUAAAUAACCAUCAAGAAUAGCUGGUCAAGAUGGCAUCUGCCAACGAUACCCGUCCCCAGGGGCAGAAAGAUGUGACCGAUCAGAAUUUUGACUACAUGUUCAAGCUCCUCAUCAUUGGGAACAGCAGCGUGGGAAAAACCAGUUUCCUGUUCCGGUACGCUGACGACGCCUUCACAUCAGCAUUCGUCAGCACGGUCGGCAUCGACUUCAAAGUCAAAACGGUGUACCGCAACGAGAAACGUGUGAAACUGCAGAUAUGGGACACAGCCGGACAAGAGAGGUACCGCACCAUCACUACAGCAUACUACAGAGGAGCAAUGGGCUUCCUGCUAAUGUAUGACAUCACUAACCAAGAGUCUUUCUAUGCUGUACAGGACUGGGCGACUCAGAUUAAAACAUACUCGUGGGACAACGCUCAGGUGAUUCUGGUGGGGAACAAAUGUGAUCUGGAGGACGACAGACUGGUGGCCACAGAAGAUGGACAGAGACUGGCUGAGGAACUAGGCUUUCAGUUUUUUGAGGCAAGUGCAAAGGACAACAUCAACGUCAAACAAGUGUUCGAGCGUUUGGUCGACAUCAUCUGUGACAAAAUGAACGAAAGCUUGGACGGAGACCCGACCUUGUUAAACAAUCACAAAGGCCCGACUCUACAAGACACGCCUCCUGAUGCUCAAAGUGGCUGUGGAUGUUAAUGAUCCACAUUCAACAAACACUUGAAAGCGAACAUUCUCACACUUAAACACACAGAAAGAGAGACUCUUUAAAAGCGUACACGCAUAAGCAGCCCACAUAUAGUAUGAAACAAGUAAGAAUCAGGUAUGUGUCCCUAAUCCAUCACACUUUGUAUCACGUUUCGGUUAAAUAAGCCCCUCUGGAAUUGAAAGAACUGGGAGGUAUUUCCUUCUGCAUGAUGGCUGCUAUUACACUGAACUAUAAUGUAAUAAUGAGAAUGGGCAGGAAAACACUGAAUGAAACUACAGAGCAGGACUCAAAUGAAUCCUCACAGGAUGGUUUCAGAUCACUCCAGAUCCUUGAAUAAAAAACACCUGUUCGCCUGCUGAAAUGGCUUUAAAUGUUUCAUUGUUUAAUUAAUGCGAGGUCAUGUCAUCAUUACAUAUAAACCUUUGUUAAACACAUAUUAGUACUGGUUUGGAAAUAUUUGAAAGUAUGAUUGCCAUUACUUGUAACUUGUUUAGUAUGUGCUUGAGAAAGAUAAUAUUUGUCUUUGCAAUUUGCUUUGAAUGCAAUAAAUUUGCUUUCCCGUGGACACUAAAA